GGCGGCGGGUUAUGAUGGUGGUGAUGGUGUUGUUACACAGCAGUCGGGUUUCUGAGGGUUUUCAGUUGCUAAAGUAGCUUUCAGGGCUCUCAUGGAAAACCGACUACGCUGGAUGUAAUCAGUCGCGUUUGUAGCUGAUCACACUAGGCUUGAAGUGAGCUGCUUCAGGAAGGUGUUACUGUGGAGGAUUUCGCUUAUCUACUUGAACGGGCGUUUCUUUAACGUAGGGGAAGGGGGUUUGGUCUAUGCGUGUAGAGUGUGUUUAUUAUUUAUAUGACCAGCUAGUCUGCUGCAGUAGUAACACUGUGCUUGCAGUUUCCCUGUCUGCCUGUCUGUUACCUGUAAGUAUGUAGUACACGACGUUUCCGCGUCAUGUCCUGCUUAUUUUAAACACUGCUUAUGGAUUAGUGUAACUCGGGGACAGAUUGAGCAGCUGCGCUUUCGCCACUACCACUCUGAGAGAAAAAAAAAUGCCGUCUUCGGAGGAAGGUUUAUCCGGAGGUGACGUGGUUACUGUAAAACAUGAGCUAAAAAACGCAAACCUGACGGGUCAUGUGGAACGUGUAGGCAUUGAGAAUUUCGAGCUGCUGAAGGUUCUGGGUACAGGAGCGUACGGAAAAGUGUUCUUGGUGCGCAAAGUGAGCGGACACGACUCAGACAAGCUGUACGCCAUGAAGGUGCUGAAAAAGGCCACCAUCGUGCAGAAGGCGAAGACAGCCGAGCACACACGUACAGAGAGGCAGGUGCUGGAGCAUAUCAGACAGUCUCCGUUCCUUGUGACCCUGCACUAUGCCUUCCAGACAGACACCAAGCUUCACCUCAUUUUAGACUAUGUGAAUGGGGGAGAGCUCUUCACACACUUGGUGCAAAGGGUCCAUUUCAAAGAGCAAGAGGUCGCUUUGUACAGUGGAGAGAUCGUACUGGCACUGGAACACUUACAUCAGCUAGGGGUUGUCUACAGAGACCUAAAACUGGAGAACAUUCUUCUGGACUCAAUUGGUCACAUUGUCCUGACAGACUUUGGACUUAGCAAGGAAUUUGAUGAGCUAGAGAGGGCUUACUCCGUGUGUGGCACAAUUGAAUACAUGGCCCCUGAGAUUGUAGAAGGUGGAGAAUCUGGACAUGACAAGGCAGUGGACUGGUGGAGUCUUGGGGUGCUGAUGUAUGAGCUCAUGACUGGUGGCUCUCCUUUCACUGUGGAUGGUGAUGAGAACUCCCACUCCGAUAUAGCUAAGAGAAUUCUGAAGAAGGAUCCUCCAUACCCCAAGGACAUGGGGCCCUUGGCCAAAGACAUCAUUCAGCGACUCCUCAUUAAGGACCCAAAGAAAAGGCUAGGCUCUGGGCUCUCAGGGGCUCAGGAUGUAAAGAGCCACCCUUUUUACCAGAAAAUAAACUGGGAGGAUCUGGCUGCCAAGAAAGUGCCAGCUCCCUUUAAGCCAGUCAUCCGGGAUGAACUAGACGUGAGUAACUUUGCGGAAGAGUUCACGGAGAUGGAUCCUACUUACUCCCCUGCCGCACUGCCUCAGAACUGCGACCGCAUUUUCCAGGGAUACUCCUUCAUAGCUCCCUCUAUCCUGUUCAAGAGGAAUGUGGUGAUGGAUGACCCAGUUCAGCUGUGCGGUGAAGUGGAGAGGCCUGUACCUGCUGCAGUUGCACGCAGUGCCAUGAUGAAGGACUCCCCUUUCUACGCAAACUAUGAGAUGGACCUGAAGGAGACAGCACUUGGGGAGGGAAGCUUCUCUAUCUGCAGGCAGUGCACACACAAGAAGAGUGGGCAGAAAUACGCAGUAAAGAUUGUCAGUAAAAGAAUGGAGGCACAGACGCAGAAAGAGAUAGCUGCUCUCAAGCUAUGUGAGGGACACCCCAACAUAGUCAAGCUUCAUGAGAUUUACCAUGAUCAGCUGCAUACGUAUCUGGUUCUAGAGCUGCUGCGUGGUGGAGAGCUCCUGGAGCGGAUCCGGAGGAAGCAGCACUUCAGUGAGACAGAGGCAAGCCGCAUCAUGCGGAGGCUGGUGUCCGCUGUGAGCCACAUGCACGAUGUAGGUGUGGUGCAUCGGGACCUUAAACCAGAGAACCUGCUCUUCACUGAUGAAAGUGAGAGUUCAGAAAUAAAAGUAAUCGACUUUGGCUUUGCUCGGCUCAAGCCUCCUGACAACCAGCUUCUGAAGACACCCUGCUUCACCCUACAGUACGCCGCCCCUGAGAUCCUCAAAUACGGCGGUUAUGAUGAGUCUUGUGACCUCUGGAGUCUGGGGGUCAUACUGUACACCAUGCUAUCUGGCCAGGUGCCAUUUCAGUGUCAGGAGAAGGGCCUAACACACACGAGUGCAGAGGAGAUCAUGAAGAAGAUCAAACAAGGAGACUUCUCUUUCCAGGGCGAAGCUUGGAGGAAUGUGUCACAGCAGGCCAAGGAGCUCAUUCAAGAGCUCCUGACAGUAGACCCUAACAAGAGGAUAAAGAUGUGUGAGCUGCGCUAUAACAUGUGGCUGCAGGACGACAGCCAGCUCUCGUCCAACCCCCUCAUGACGCCUGACAUUCUGGGCCUGUCUACCGCCUCUGUAAACACCUGUGUAAAAGCCACCUUCAAUGCCUUCAACAAGUGUAAGCGGGAGGGUUUCCGACUGCAGACGGUGGAUAAGGCUCCUCUAGCCAAGCGCAGGAAGAUGAAAAAGACCAGCACAAGCACAGAGACACGCAGCAGCUCCAGUGAGAGCACCCACUCAUCCUCGUCUUCCUCCCAGUCUCAGGAGAAGACUCCUCUUCAGCUGUCUGUCAGCACGCCCCUCACACAGGGCCCUGAUGACGAUGAGCCCUCUCAGAGCGAACCACAGUCUGCUUUCAGCUUCUCAGAGUGAGCUGUCUCGUCCUCUCUGUGCGUGUUCCUCUAUAUUAGCUGGGUCUCCCUUUAUCACAAAUGCAGAGCAUGCAAGCAGGAGCGCCAGAGCUGAAAUCACCCAAGCCCUUCACUAGCAAUAGAUGUGUGGUGCAGGGUAGUACUGUGUGGGGGGGUGUUUGAGAAAAAAGGCCUGAUCCCUUUAUGAUCCACUGAUUUCUGGACUGGUCCAGACUUAAUUCCGCACUCCUGAUCCAAGUGGCCAUGGAUCCGCAUCUGCUGUAUGUCACGUACACACAUAAGCUGAGUGUCACUCAGAGAAGCAUGACAUCAUGCUCUAACCGGAACGAAUGCUCCAGUAACUGCGCUGUCUCACCCCUUUAGGCUAAAAAAAAAUGGAAGAAAGGGAUAUUUUCUUUAUUCAAAAAAAAAGAUAAGAUUUAUUAUUUAUGUGUUAAAUUAUUCUCAUGGCCCUAUGGUCAAGUCUGUUAUCUUUGGUGAAUGUCUUUGUAAAUUGAGUUGUUAAGCGUGUUGUCUCUGUCUAGAUUGGGUCAGAAGUAUGUGAUCCAGGACUUGUUUGAUUUUGUGCAGGCUUCUUCCGAUCUGAGUUUCAUGAUGAAGUAGCAGAGAUUUGUUUGCUUGUAUUCAGACAAAUCUUUUUUCUUUCUUCUUUAAAAAAAAAAAGUUGUCAAGGAAGAACAUCUAACACAGUGUUCCAAAUUUCUUAUUUUAUGCAAGUAAAUGGGUUAUUUUGGGAGUAAAAAGGAUUAUUUUACUGUAUAUGUGAACGUAUAUGUUAAAAAUCUAACAAAGAUCCUAACACAUAGUGCUAAGAAACUGCAAUCAAACAAAUUACAGUAGUGAUGGAUUUAUUCUGAGAGAGUUUUUAUCUGAUAGCCAGGUUAAAGCAGAUGUUUAUAUAAAAUGUUUUAUGCUCCACAUAUUUAACUAAAGAACAGAAUGAUGCUUCUGCAUCCCUAUAAAUAUAUUGUUUAUGUCCUAAUUUGUACGUAAUGACAAAUUAGUAAAGUAGAUCCCUAAGUAGUAAGCAGAACAAAUGGUAGCAGCAGGGAGUGUAUGCGUCAAGGUAUAUAGGCCCGGUUGCCUCAUAAUAUUAUGUCUUUGUACAGAAGGCCGAACAUUUCUCUGUACUUUCUGUGCUCGAUGUGGUGAAUUAGCCAAGUUUGGCAUUUCCGGUUAUAAUAGAUUUCAUUGUUGAAGGCACAUGAGCAUAUCAUGAGGUUAAAGGACCGUCCUUAUAAAAAUGCUCGAUGUAAUAGCAUUCUCUGUUGUACUAUUGGAAGACUUUCUACUGAUAAGACUCAACGUUGCAGUUGACCUGCUAUGCAAAAAUAGCUGCAUUUCAUUCUUUAGCAUGACUUUUGUGUAUAGGACCAUUAUGCAUUAUAAACAAGUGAGCAAAAAAAAAAAAACACAACCAAAACAUCAUGCCUCUUUAAAGCCAACUAGCCUGUGUAUUAAACAGUCUCCUUCAGUAGGAGAUCACAUAUCCUUUACCUCUUUACCUUUACAUUGAAACAAGUGGUAACAUCCACAAACUGAAUCACUGAGGGCUUGUAUAGAGUGUAUAGAAGACACACAAACAUGCAUGCAGAUACAAUGGUGCUCCUGCUUCUGCCUACGUGACAGAGCAACAGAUGAGCAAUAAGAGCAUCCUGAGCUCAGCUCACUUUCCAGUAUCAAAGGCCUGCACGUGGCUUUUUUCCAUCUCCACUUUGUGCCAAACCCCCGCAGCUCCCUCAAAUCCUGCUCUGCUCUUUUUGUUUUGGUAUAAUAAUAGAACAGGAAAGAGAAUACGUGUAUGUGUCCUAUAUUGAACUCCACUUGGGCGGGUGGAGGCCUUAGUAGUUGCUUUACUGUAGUGCUGUUUGUCCUCUGGGAGAUUAAGCAUGCCAGUUCAGAGUCCUAGUACAAGGGCAGUGAGACAGGUGCAUGGGAACACACAGAGAGGAAAAAACAGGGUCAGCGCUUUACAGCAUUAGGAAGAGGCUGAGAAUUUGGCUUUGAUGAAUAUGUGCCAGAGCUAUUCAGACUCCGAGGCAAAAGACCUAUGCUUCUGAUACGGGCAGAUAGGUCAGCACUCUCUUCUAUCGUUUCAUUGAUCUCUAAAGCAGUUGUGUUUUGCGUCAGCCAAUGCCAGCAGCAGAUUUUCAGAGUUCUAAAGAGCUCUCUGGUCUGGCUGGCUGAAUGAGGGUUUCAUGUAUAUUCUAGAGAGUAUCUUUUACCAUUUUCUGAGGUAGAGAGAACACAUAUCGUAACAGCAUGCUCUUGAAAAGAGCCCAUUCCUUUGAUCUGAGCACUCCUUCAUCACAAGUUAUUGUUGGCCUACUUUAAUGCUCUCUGAAGCUGGUUAAUUGUGUGGCCCUUUUUUCCUGGUAUCGUAGCAGAGGGACCAGUGUGAGUACAUAUCUCUCUGUGCCGCCAGCGGUCAGACAGUUGGGAUCACUCUUUCAUCUGCUCACGGAGGUGGAGCAAUUCUCCAUGAUGAUUUGAGCUUCGACAUGUCCCUUAUGAAUGCUGUCUCUUACGUCAUAGGCUAUGUAACCUGAGAGGAAGGUGGCUAUAGAUCACCUGUUUUGUGUUUCUAAUGUUUAAUAAUUGGGGCUUGUUUUGUAAUGUUGUGUUCAGUAGAAGAAUGUUGUUGUUGUUUAAAAAAGAAGUCAGAUUUUAUGGUCGUUUUGUAUGAAUUGUCAUUUUUAGAACUGGUUGGGGAGCAGGAACUUACCUCUCAUAGUCCUAAACAGGACAUUUAACUUUGACCUUUCAGCAUCGUACAAUUUUGUCCAAUUGAGCAACAUUUUUAAGCAAGAAUCCUGACUGGUGAAAAAUAAAUGUGACAAAGAGGAGCUUUUAACAUUAACAUUACCAACACCAGCUCACUGUGUUGUGGCAGGCAGUCUCUGACACCUGAACUUUUGCAUCUUGAAAUAAUCCUCAGUUUUCUCUAAUAUUGGAACAUGCUGUUGCUCUAGAUGUGCGAGUAUCAGUCCUUAAUAUGAAAGUAAAAAAUAUUCAUAGAUUUUCAUAGUAUGUCUUUUAUCCAUUGAUUUUUUUUUUUUGCCAAAGCUUUGAUCUGUAGCAGUGAAGCUCAAAGCAAAUCCUCAGCUUCAACAAAAGCUUUACAUUUCUUUGUACCUUUCCAAACCAUUGUUCACCAUCAGUGAAGCUAUAUAUAUAUAUAUAUAUAUAUA